GAGACCUGUGCAACUGCAGCGCCGUGGGCAGCGCCAGCGCAUCCGAAUGCAACAGCACGACGGGGCAGUGCCCGUGUCUGGAGGGCUACGCGGGGCUGCGGUGCGAGAGCUGUGCCGAGGGCUUCUACCUGGAGCAGAGCAGCCAGCGGUGCCGUCCCUGUGGCUGCAGCCCCGCCGGCUCCAGCAGUGCCCAGUGUGAUGGCUCUGGGAAAUGCCAGUGUAAAGUUGGUGUCACGGACCUGAAGUGUGACCGGUGCAGUGAUGGAUACUACAGGUUUAACAAAACCACCUGCGAGCCAUGCCAGUGCAACAACCACUCCAAAACCUGCGACAGCUUUACAGGCACCUGCCUGCACUGCCAGGAAAACACCGAGGGAAACCACUGUGAGUUCUGCAAGGAGGGCUUCUACAGAAGGGCUGAUCCUGCCCAUGCCUGCCAGCGCUGCCCGUGCUCCACUGUGGCAUCGACCGGCACCUGCCGAAUACAACCUGGUGAAACUGCCCCAAGGUGUGACAAAUGCAAAACUGGGUACACUGGCCUGAACUGCAACCAGUGUGACAAUGGCUACUACAACUCCGACAGCAUCUGUGUAAGAUGUAAAUGCAACGGGAACGUGGACCCAGCACAGUCACCCAGCGUGUGCAAGCCGGAGAGUGGGGAGUGCAUCGGCUGCCUGUACCACACCGCUGGGUUUCAUUGUGAGGAGUGUGAGGAUGGCUAUGUCCGAGACCCUGAGGGGAUCAACUGCACCAAGAAAGAAGCCACACCUGGCCCAGAAACAAGGGAGUUUACAACUUCUGCUCCAAAUGUCAGCAAGGCAACAUCAUUUUCAACGGCAGUGAUAAACAGCACGUUGUCACCAACAACUAUGCAGACUAUAUUUCCUCUAAGCUCCUCUGACAAUAGUACUUCUGCUUUUGCAGACGUGUCAUGGACUCAGUUUAACAUAAUUAUUUUGACAGUGAUCAUCAUUGUUGUGGUCCUACUAAUGGGCUUUGUGGGUGCUGUCUACAUGUACCGUGAGUAUCAAAAUAGGAAACUUAACGCUCCUUUUUGGACCAUUGAACUCAAAGAGGACAACAUCAGUUUUAGCAGCUACCACGACAGCAUACCCAACGCUGAUGUUUCGGGGCUCUUGGAAGACGAUGGGAAUGAAGUGGCACCAAAUGGACAGCUAACGCUGACGACUCCCAUGCAUAAUUAUAAAGCUUAGAAGAAGCAGAAGCGAUCCAGUUAUUCCAAAGUUGGCUUAAAAAAGUUACAGGGCUUGUUGAAGGGGUAUCAGGAUCCGUGCCAAGGCUCCAGGCAGAGGAAUUUGCUCUUCAGAUACUCUUAUGCUGGGCAUGUUGUAGCUUGCAGGUGAACAGAGAAAAAGUGUAGUACAUCUGAAUUUCAGGUAAUAUGGUGGAAUGCAUUCAGUGUCCUGUUCUCCAUAAAGAUCCACAGAAUUCACUGUUGUUAAGGACUUGAUUAUGCUGAUCUUAAAAUGUUUUUUUUUUUGAUGAAAAGAUGGGGUGGAGGAAGCAAUACUCCAUGAUUAAUUAGAAGCUACUUGAUUUCCAGCCAACCUAACACUUACGUCUGCAUCCUUUAGUUUGAACAGUAGCUCAUGAAUUAACAGUGGAUUUUCAGGAAACAGACCUUUGUAAAGGCUUUGUAUUAGUUCCUGAUAAAAAUUUAUUUGAAAAGGAGGACAAA